AUGCGGAGAGACGAGCAGGGGCGUCUGGACAGCACGCGGGGCCUCGUCUGUGGGCUGGGCGCUGGCGUGGCCGAGGCCGUGGUGGUGGUCUGCCCCAUGGAGACCAUAAAGGUGAAGUUUAUCCAUGACCAGUGCUCCCCCAAGCCCAAAUACCGCGGCUUCUUCCACGGCGUCCGGGAGAUCGUUCGGGAACAGGGACUAAAGGGGACCUACCAGGGCUUAACUGCCACUGUUCUCAAGCAAGGAUCGAACCAGGCCAUCCGCUUCUUCGUCAUGACCUCCCUCAAGAACUGGUAUAAAGGGGACGAUCCCAACAAGGUCAUCAACCCCUUCGUCACAGGGGUGUUUGGAGCCCUCGCCGGGGCGGCGAGUGUCUUUGGCAACACCCCCUUGGACGUAGUGAAGACCAGGAUGCAGAACCACCCCGUGGGUGACUUCACCCCCACCCCUGACAGGCAUAGCACCGGACGCUCGUCCGCAGAGAUCACCUUUAUUCAGACACGGCUGCCCGCAGCAACUGGCAGUGCCCGAGCCCCACGCUGCGAUGGCCAAAAUGCGCAGGGAGCUGCGAGCCAUUGA